AUGGCUGAAGUGGAGCCGUCACUUUUCACCGAAAUAAAAAAGAAUAAAUUCUCCAGCAUUUCAAAAUUCAGUGAAGAAGGUAUGAAUUUUUAAUAUUUUCUGACCUUUUAAUAUAUAAACGUAAACAGAGACUCAUUUAUGUGACAAUUUGUUAAAUAUAUUGUGUUGUAUAUUCUGUAUAUAAUAUCAUAACUUUUAUUAAUUGUGAAUUUUCUGGGUUUUAAGAUGUGGCAGCAGUUUGGGAAAACGUUUCUCGUUUUGUUGAGAAGCAAAUGGGCAAUCAAAAGGUAUAUCGAGUGUUUUCGAUUUAAUUUUUCUUAAAAUUCUAAUUGAAAGUUAUUUUGUUCGAAUCUUGAAAGAAGGCUUUAAGACAAUUAUAGUAAGUGUGAUUUUAGUUUCCCCUUGACAAGUAAAAUUACCUGGCAUGAGAUGGAAUCAAUAAUAAAGUAGGGCACAUAUAUGGGUAUAUAGUCACUUAAAGGAUUAAGCAUUUUCUUGAAAUAUAUGGACAGAAAUUAAUCUUAAAUAUUAUCUUAUAUUUUAGGGUGUGAACAUUCCGGGACUCGGCAGUUUCACAUUUUCUCAGCGGAACCUAGACAUGGGUCAUGGACGUCAGGUUAUUGUUGUGCAACGACCUGUCUUUCAACUGGCUGAAAAGUUUGCUCAGACCCAUGCCCUGAAUUAUACUAAACAUUAUGUAACAGGUAUGAUGACCUGCCAGAAUUAAAUUAGUGAUGCACCGAUAUCCAAAUUGUCCGUAUAUUGGAUAUCAGUAUAUUGACCCUUAUAUAUAAAUUCAAAAUAUUGGAUUCAAUUAUUUAAAAUGAUUUGUGAAUUUCGAAGUAAAUACAGUAUAUCGGUAUUGGCUAAUAUUGGCCCUUAAUCUAUUGAGUGCCAGCACUCUCCACUUGACGAGUAAAAUUGUCUGGCGUUAGACAGAGUAAGAUACUAAAGUAGGGCGCAUCUGGGUGCAUUGCCACUUAAAGGGUUAAGAGGAUGCAUGGCCAUUGUUUGGUUAACCCAUUGAGUGGUAGCACUUGACAAGUAAAAUUGUCUGGUGUUAGACAGAGUAAAAUACUAAAGUAGGGUACAUUGCCACUUAAAGGGUUAAUUAAAUAUAGGUUAAUGGAAUAUCUGUACAUUUCCAUAUCGGUGCAUUGAUCACUGAGUUAAACAUUUGAUGACUGGUGCUGUUCAAUCAUAAAUAAUUGAUACAUUGGUCAUUUGGUCUUUUUUAUUUCAGGCCAGAUACCAAUCCUUCCACUGAACUUCACCGUAAUAGCCUCGGAUCUGCCUUACCCUCGGGAAGUUGUAGAAAGUUGCGUCAAGGAGGUGUUGCAAGCCGUAUCGAGAUCUCUACAUGUCAAGCGUAAUGUUGAGUUCAUAUUUUCUGGUAUCGGUUGUCUCUCUCUAAGAGACGCAAGAGUAAAGAUGAAAUUUUAUAAAGAAUUUGUGAAGAGCAUGGACAAUACUGGUGAACUUGUCAACGCCUUGAGAAAUGUAAGAGUUUUAAUGAUUGCUCUAUAGGAGGGCCCUAAACUUCAGAGUUGGGCAUUGUAUAAUAUCCAUAAUGACCUUUCUUUGUCUGUCAAUAUAAAACUUGGCAUAGAGACGGAUAUAAAAACAGUUGAGCACUAAAAAUUUGAUAUUAUUUCUGGCUCAGUGGACUUAUAAACUUUUGAAAAUUGUUUCCUUUUCAGAGACCUGACACAACAGAUUCUGUUUUUUCUGAGAUUAUUAACUUUAGACCAAAUACUGGUAACACAGUGGUUCUACCAAGGUAAUUUAAAUGGUGUGAGUUCUGGUGGAGCAGGGACCGCAGAUUCUGUUUUAAAGUGGAUGGGGGGCAGGAUAGUACAGGAGCCAAAAUUGCCACACAGCCAGGCUGGAUUUUAUCCGUUAAUUCUUUUAUCCACUGAAAAAGUGGGGAGAGGCAUGUCCCCGCCCCCCAGUUCCGCAGUCCUUGUGGAGUUCUGGGGUGUUGAUAAAACAGUGGAGUUAGUAUAUGUAUAUGUAAAGUCAGUUUAGUUUAGGUUUCCACCUUAACUGGAUCAGUAAGAGCUAGAUAGCCCCUAAUGCACUUCUAGUGAGAAUAUAGAUUAGAACUGGUUGAGCUAUAUCCAUGCAGUAUAAAUUAAGUGUUUUACUGCAUGUAGCUUUCAUUUGUAUGGUUAGGGGUACCAUUCCUGCAAUACACAAUAAUUAUCUGAUUAUAAUUUACCUCCGUUCUGACUCUACAUAAUAAAGUUAGUUCAGUUUAAGUUUCCUCCUAUAGUAACACUAGAUAAAUAAGAGAUGGCUCUUGCUGGAACUCUAGAAAGAACAGCUUAGAACUGAUAGAGCAAUAAAGUAAUAAUUUAGUUGAUUUAGUAAUCAGAUUUUCUUCUGUAGUAACACUAGAUCAAUAAGAGAUUGCUCUUACUGGAACUCUAGAGAGAACAAUUUAGAACUGACAGAGCAAUAAAGUAAUAAUUAAGUUUAUUUAGUUUAGAUUUUCUUCUGUAGUAACACUGGAUCAAUAAGGGAUGUAAUGUACCUUACUAUAGACGUCUAUAGCUAGGCAGAACAGUUUAUAACUCCAAGAGUUAUCCAGUAUAAAUAAAGUCAGCUUAAGUUCUUUAAAUGUUUGCAUGGCGAUAGAAUAUAAUUGUUUUUGUUUGUGGAAACACCACGUAAAUUUAUUACUGCAAAGCUUUCGAUCCGUAAGCCCGGAUCUUCAUCAGUGCCAAUAAUUAGCACUGAUGAAGAUCCGGGCUUACGGAUCGAAAGCUUUGCAGUAAUAAAUUUACGUGGUGUUUCCACAAACAAAAACAAUUAAAGUCAGCUUAGUUUAGAUUUUCUCCUGUGGUAAAUCCUCAUCUUUUGAUCAUCUUAACUGGAUCCUUAGGCAAAACAGUCUUGAACUAUCCAGUAAAAAAUUUUUUUCAAUUUUUCAAGGAUCAGUCUCAAUCCAGACGACAAGAAACGAAAGGACAACAGCGGAGCUCCCGAAUCAAGAGACAGUAGAAAAUCAAGUAAUGUUGACGAUAAUCCUGUCAUGACUACUAUUGAAGAAUGUAAAGAUGAUGAAAGUAUGUUUAUUAUUGGUGAAGGAUUUUGCAGAUGAAAAUCUCAAGUGUAAAUUUUAUACAUUCAUAUUGACCUAACCAGGAACAACUGAAAAUUGCAUCUAGGAAUCAAACCAGCGCGCUAACCAACUGAGCUACAAAGUCCAAUUGUCGAGCUGACAACUGUAGCUCAGAUGGGUUAGAGCGCUGGUUCGAUCCUAGUUGCAUUUCAACUAACAAGUUCACUAACGCAUUUAUCUUAAUACUACAGGACUUGCAACUCCGAUUGCACCGGUACUUACUCCUAGGACUCCAACUCGCGCACAGUCCCUAGCAUACGAAGCCAAACAAUCACCGGUUAUCCCUGAUGAUCCUAACAAAGUACCUCAUAGACCCUUAUCGUCCCCUCAUAAUAUCCGACUACGUCAGCUGUCUCGAUUAUCGCGCAGUCGCAACGGCUCGCCAUCUCAAAGUCAAGCCUCCCCAAAGACAACCGCUAAGAAAGUCGUCGUAAAAAGCCCUGGAUUUAGGUAAGUUGUGGUAACUAAACUAAACUAACUUUAUUUACCCUCAAUAGCUCUAUCACUCCUAGUUGAACGGUUUUUGCAGACGGAAAUUAGUGCUGUGCAAACUCCGGUUUUUCAAUUAGUGCUGUGCAAACUCCGGUUUUUCAUCUCCGGCUCCGGCUCCGGCCGAAUUACAGCUCUGAGCUCCGGCUCCGGCCACAUCAUAAAAUAUUAAAUAAAUGUUUUACGAUCAGACAACAUUUAUUAAUAUUAUUAUGAAUAACCCUUUUCGCGCAUCCUACUUAUCAGUUAACAUAACUCAGGAAACAAAACAGUUAAAACAUUUAACCACGCAGAAAAUAUCUAUAUGGAAACCAGCCUCGAAAAAUCUUUGACACGAGGCAUGACGCGAGGCAUGACGCUAACACUCUCAGACUCCGUGCAGCGCAAUUGUUCGCACGCAAACAAAGUACUCUAUCAUUUUCAAAAGGUUUAUAUAUAUUUGUUUUGUACUUUUGCGUUAUCUACAAGACAUGAAUACACAGACUAUGUAGCGCUAAGUCAGAUGGCUUCAUGAAAGCAUGACGUUUGUAAGUUGCGAUCGUAUUACAGCUUUUCGACGCUGUUCCUGUGGGCUGUGGCAGUUUGAGUCUAUGAUGAAUUCAUUGAACAGCAAUUGGCAGUUUGCAGUAACUAACAAUCGUUUCACAUUUGUCUCAUUUCAUAUUGUUUUCUUGUCAUUUUGCCGGAGCUGGGAAAACGUAACUCCGGCUCCGGGCUCCGGCAUACAAAAUUCUGCUCCGGCGUCGGAAAAACCGCCGGAGCUCCGGCAGAACUCCGGCUCCGGCAACUCCGGCGCACAGCACUAACGGAAAUUUCGAUUAUAUAGCUACAAUUUUAGAAAAAUUUGCGAAAAAUCCAUUCCGGUGCAGUGCUCUCAAGGCCCCAUUUCCACUCAAGAAAAAUUUCCACUCAGGAAAAUUUUCCGCAAAUAUCAUUGUUAAAAGUUGAAAAUUUUCAACUUCAAAAUUUUUUCCCACUGCACGGAAAAUUUGUGUCGGCCAAUCACAUUUUACAAAAUUUUCCUUCUGUGGAAAAUUUUCCUGAGUGGAAAUGGACCUCAUAUUACCUUAACCAACUGAGCUACAGAGUCCAGUUGUCGAGCUCUAACCACAAGUUCAUGCAUGUAUAAAAAAAUACAGUGGGACGAGUGGGUGAUGCUGGUAUAAGGUAUAUGUUCAAAUAUCAGGAUUUUGGGGUUUUUACCUGCUUUAAGCCAGUUACAGACGAGCAUGUUUUCUAUGACAAGUUUUUAUGUGACAAGUUUUAUUUGCCAAGUGUACGUGUGUAUAUGCAACAAAUUUUUAUGACAAGUUUUCAUAUGGCAAGUUUUAUUUCCUGGUGUGAACGUGUCAACAAGUUUACUUUGACAGUUCCAUAAACUCUAAAAAUUAAUAUUCCAUAAACUCUCUCUCGAUAUGAGCAAUUCUAACAGAUUUGUUAUCACCAAAUCAGUCCAACGUAAGGUGUUUAUCGCCUCCAUGACAGAAAAAUUAUAAUAGUCCACUCACGGCUCGAAAUAGCGGUCUGUCAAUGGCCAAAAGCAGGCCAGAUUUUAGAAAUGGCAGGCAAAAACAAAUCUGAACUGCCAAGUAAAAAAAAAAUCUGGCAGGUGAAAUUCUACAGAUAUAUUUCAUUUCAUUUGCUCACCACAACUUAUAUAUACUAGAUUAGUUGAUUAAAUACGUUUAUAUUUGAAAUAUAAAUCCAAGCUUACUGUACACUCUAAAAACACUCUGGUUAAAUCCAACCAGGAAUUGGGUUAAUAAUCCACCCAACACAUUCUGGUUAAAUUUAACCCAUUUCCUGGUUAAAAAUGAUCAAUUCAACAAAAAUUUGGUACACUUUUUUGGACGUUUAACCAGGAAAAUGGUUAAUUUUUUUUAACCAGACUUGUGUAGGUGGAUUUUUAACCCCGUACUGGUUGAAUUAACCCAAAUUUAACCAGAGUGUUUUUAGAGUGUAGUAAAGUGGACCAGUUUAAAAAUAACAAAAUUGCAUAUCAUGAAAACAUUGAUUUUUACAAUAUGACUCAUAUGAGACAUCGCCAAUUCGGCAGUUCAAUGAAUAAAAAUGGCAGGCUAAAAUUUAUUUCACCUGCCAAAAAAUUUUAAGACUGGCAGGCCAUAUUUUUUCUCUGCUUCGAGCCCUGAGUCCACUGGCCAAUCACAUCAAUUGCUCAGAUUACUUUCAUUGACAAGUUUUCUUUGUCGACCCAUACAGAUGAACAAAAUUUGUACUUUGUCAAUUUUUUCUAUGACAAGUGCUUUUGAACAAAUACACUACUACACUUGUCAUAGAAAAAGUUGUCAAAGCUGCGCGUACAGACGAGCAAAUAUAUAAAACUUGUCACAUAAAAACUUGUCAUAGAAAACGUGUUCGUCUGUAACCGGCUUUAACCAGGGGCCGGUUGUAUAAAACUCUUAAUCACUUUUUAAUCACUAUUUUGUAGUUAAAUAGUGAUUAACUCUCAAAUACGCGCUUCUUAUUGGAUGACAUUUCCACUAACUAUAGUUAACUUUAAUCACUUUUUUAUACAACCGGCCCCAGGUCGCGUCUUACAUCAUUACAAACUUCUAGAGUCUAGACAUACUGUAAUGAAAGUUUAGGUUUUAUUUGGGUAAAUAUUAACGACAGACAAUGAAAAUAAGUAAGCUGGAUUUGAGAUGAAAGAUAUUAAAUCCUUAUGAAUACACGCUACGAUUGCACUGCAAAUAAAAGGAUUAAAAAGCAAUUGUCAAGGAACAUAUAGACUGUCUGAAGUGAUGUUUAAAUAUGAAGACCUGUAACUAUGCUCUCCAAGAAUCUAGGGGACACGCAGACAAGCAUAGCUGUAUUGUACUAGUUUAACUGUUUUGAAAUUUCGUGUGUUAUAGCUGCUCGUGUUUGUCGUACUGCUCCAGUUAGGUAUAUGUGUAAAGUUGCUGUAUAUUAUGCCUAUUGUGUGUAAAGAGCCGUUCACAGUAGCGACUUAGAUCGAUCUGAAAUCGAUUCAGAGCCGUAUUGGGCGAAUGGUGGACAACCAUAAACGAGACAAGAUCGAUAAGAUUCCAGAUCGAUCUACAGUAAACUAAACCACCUCGAGAGGUGGUCUCGGAUCGGUUCACGUUUAGCUAAUUUCUUGCUUAGCAGCUUGGCAUUUUCCCCAGCGUACUAACGCUAGUUAAUUCGGUUUUUGUGCAAGUGUGGGGACACAUAAAUAUAGAAGCCCAGUGACCCCAGCAAAUGUCUUACAAGACAUAAUAAAAUUUUGUUUGCUUACGUUUCAUUGCUUUGUCCUUUCCUUCAGAUGUUGUCAUAACAAUAAGGCGGGACAAGAAUUGUGUUAUUUAUGUCACCAACGAAGUCGCAAGAAUAUUCCGAUAUAUUUAGCAGAAGAAAACAAGAGACGGGAACAGGAGGAUGAUAGAUGCUUACAGCAAUAUCAACAUACUAAAGAUUUGGACGCUGUCUUGAGAGAACAGGUCGGUGCUUCGAGAGGAGUUUUUCCUGGUUUUCCUCCUUUAACCAAAACUAACCCUUUCACUAAUCCAUUAGUUCAUUAAUUGAUUCAUUAGAUGAUAUCUUGAUUACCUCAUCAUUUCAUUGGUUGAUUAGAUGAUAGUUUGACUACAUUACUUCAUGGAUUAGAUGAUUGAUUAAUUGAGUCAUGAGUUCAUUUAGUAAUUUCAAUAAAUGAUUGACUGUCGAGUCUUGAUUGAUAACUGUAACUAACUAUCUCGUUCACGUUCAGGCAAAGCAGUUCACGAACAGAAAAAUUAACCAAGCGACAGCUGCGUUUAACGUUGGAGUCGCAGAAGCUAUAAAGGUAAGCUUCAAGGGCAAUAAUCCAUUCCAGAAAGUCGGGGGGGGACGUAAUUACGCCCCAUCCCAAAAAGUAGGGGUGCAUCCCCCCCCCCCCCCAAAGAUUGACGCCCUCGGUGGCUCUCGUGAUUUCGGUUUCGUAAACAAAAACAAAAUUGGUUUUAAAAUGUUUCAAUAUAAACUGUUUUUGUUAGGAAAAGAAGAACGCAAGACCUCUCGAAUUCCAUGUAAGUUGACCUACAGUAUUCUUUCCUGAAGGGAAGUUAAUGAUUGCAUAUUUUCAAAGUUGGGACAAUGUUACUUAUGCUGCCAGCUUACAAUUGUAUUUUCCUUAAAUACGAAAUGCUCGUUUUAUUUUUCUAGAGAUCCUUUUUGUUUCAUAACCGAGCACUCACACCUCCGUACUCUUUAAAACAAGCUGAAUAUUCCAACGAUCUUCAAAAACAGGUGAGCUGCUAAUGCAAUCGUCAAAGCAAGCGCUUUUCGCCUCUGAGGUCGUCGCUUCGAUUCUCGCUGUGCACACUCAUGUGAAAAGAGUGUACUUCUCCGGGUACUUCGGUUUCCUCCCACGGGGAAAGUUGACAGGGUGGGUGGGAUAAGCCUCAAACUGACCCUUCCACCAUAACCGUGCUCCAUGAGUGCACCGUGCUCCGUGCGCCAUGUGGUGGCUGCCACAGGCGCUCUUAGUAGCCCUUCGACUAGCCUACAUGGCAGGCGGUCCCUAAAGUCGGGCAAGCCUGGGAAAGACCCUUCGACUCGCUCAGGUUGAGAUAUUUUCUUUCUGAUGAUUAGUACACCCCACUAACUACUUCCUCUAUUGAGAACACAUUAGAUUUCAGAUCAUCUCUCUUGAGGACGCUAUAACGGAGUUGUCUAAAAGUUGGGUUAUGAAUUUAAUCUUUUUUGGGAUUAGCUUCAUUCACUCAAAUAUGUGUAGCGAAACAUAUCUGCCACUAUCUUUCUUUAGAACUUUAUCCACAUGCAUAAUUUCUCACUUCUUUGAAUUGUGCGUAAUAUAUAGGUUGAUGAAAAGAACUAUUUAAUGUUAAAAGAAAAAUCCGAUCACGAAUUUCUGGAUAGAUUGGAACAAGUUCAGCUGGCUGAAGAGUAAGUCUCAUCCAUUUCCUAGAAACGCUUCAGAUACGAAUCUAUGUUAUCAACCUUGGCUACGAUUCAUGUUUGGGACAUUUUAGCAAAUGAUUUGAGAUUACUAUUCCUACACAACAACAACAACAAACUAUUACAGAGAUUUGUUCAUGAACUCUCUUCUCUCAAGGUUGGCACAACAACGAGAGCAAUACCUUGAAGAUAAGAAAUUCGAUGAGCAAAAUUAUCGUGAUGCACUAAAUGCACAGGUAAGACUGUUUGGAACUGCUGGAGCAAUUUACUAUAAAUAAAGUUUGUUUAGCUUACUUUUCCUCGAAUAUACUAACGCUAGACUAGGACUGACAGAGCUAUCCAGUAUACGUAAUGUUAUAGUUCAGUUCUGGUUUAGGGAUCGAGAGUUGGCAGUCACACCUUGGUUAUAGCUGUUCUUAAUGCUUUCCCAACACUGUCAUAUAUUAAAAGUUGAAACAUAGUUGGAACACUCUUCAAACCUUUAUUUUGUAAAUCUAGAGUUUGAAAUGUCCCCCGUAAGACCUAUCCUGGGCCUCUAAGAAGAACAUUGUAGAACUGACAGAGUUGUCUAUUAAUAAAGUUAAUUCCUAAUGCCACUAUACUAUUGUAGGUUCACAUUGAUCGACAUAUAAUUCGUCGGAGUUUACUCAAUCGUUCAGUUCUUGAUCGCAUGAGAUUGCCAAAACCAAAUAUUAUCAAACCGUUUGAGAAAACAUUGGUUCCGAGAUUGCCUGGGUCAUUGGCGAGGAAGUUAGACAGAAUUAAAGCAGUAAGAGUAGUUAUAGAUUAUAGUUUAGUGAUGCAUUAAUAUCGCUGUAGAGUUGUAGUUACGAAUAGUUUAAAGUACAGUAGAUAAUGGUGUUGGUAUGGUAUGGUGUGGUGUGGUUAGGUAUGGUAUGGUGUUUCUUCGUAUGGUGUGUCGUGGUAUGGUAUGAUAUGAUAUGGUAUGUGUCAUGAUAUGGUAUGUCCUGGUUUGGUAUGGUAGCUUGGUAUCGUAUGAUAUGAUUUGUAUAAUAUGGUUGGUAUAGUUUGGUAUGGUUUGUUAUGGUUCGGUUUGGCAUGUUUUGGUAAAUUACCACCUAAUAUCCCUCUUUUUUUCAUCAGGUUCAACUCAAAUCCCUUCCUAUCCCAGCAGCUGAACCGGACUCGGCUGAACCUAUAUUUGGCAAGAACGAUGCAACACCGGAGAAACUAAACGAAGAACGCGAGAGAGCACGCAAGCUGUAUCACGAACAGUUGGCGAUGGUCGCGGACAAAAAACGUGCGGCAAUAUUGCACGAUCUUACCGCGCAACGCGAAGAAUCUGAAAUGUUAGAAAAAAUUAAAAGAGAGUAAGUAAUUUUUAGUGAUAAAUACCCCCACUUGAAAGCUAAAAACUAAAUGAAACGUAAGAUUGGUACAAUUACUGCAGUCCAUAUUAUUCGGUGUGUAGUUCAAAUUUCUCGUAGAUUGUCCCGAAAAAACACUGAAAAGUUUGCUGGUGUUUCUCCUCGGGAUUUUUGCUGAACUUAUUUUUUACCCGUCUGAUAACUCUGCUUCUUACGAUGAAGUGUUUCGAAAAUUUGGUUAUUCUGUGAGACCAUCCACAUGCUCUAGUUUCCUAGGAUCGUAGUAAAGCCAGACUUAAAAAAUAGUCGGCUGAAAAAUGAUGGUAGUUCUACAUGAAAUGAUGCCGAUUUCUCGUAAUGACUUUCCGCCUUACUUGAACAGAGUUCACUGUUCUACAGGGUGUCCCAAAAAACAAAACUAUUGAAAUAACGUAUCGUUAGAAUUUGAAUGCCUCCAGCACUCUGCUGACCCCACAAGUGAUCAAAGCUUGACAUCAGUAAAUUUUAUGUAUAAAUAAACUGUUUAAGAACCUGCUUUAUAUUCCCAAGAGCAGAGAAUCGUGCGCUUUACAAAGAUCUUUUAAUUUCUUAAUAAGUCAAUAUUUAAUAUAUGCACCCUGUCAAUACUUCACGUAUCUUUGCGUUCAGCUUAGUGCUAGGGCAUUCAAAUUUUAACAAUACGUUAUUUCAAUGGUUUUGGGUUUUUUGGGACACCCUGUAGUAAGCCAUCAUUUGGUCACGUGCAAGCUACAUCCUUUUGCAUUUCAUCUCUGAAAGAUGAUUUUAAAACAAACACGCCGUUUACCCAGGCACGGAUUUUCUGGGGGGGGGGGUUUCACCCCCUCAGAGACAUUUGGCACCGCCCCCAAAGGUUUUUGCACCCCACCCCCCCUAAAUUAUAUAUAAUUUGAUUUGAUAGUUUCAUAUUUGAUUAUUCUUACUACUAAAUUUGUAAAAUUACCAAUAUUCAGGUCUCAGAUCUUGCCAUGCAGGCCCAGAAAACAAAUUUUUCCUUGGCCUUUCCAGGCGUUGCCACCAGGCCCCGGCCAAAGUAAGCAGCAGCACCACCCCCCCCCCAUAUUUAUCCACACACACACCCGAACGAAAAUAUGAAAAAACGUCUUUGCGUUUUACUCACCAAAGGGUAUUACUCGUUUCAUCACUAGUGAGGCUCAAGGUUUAACAAAUUUUCCCUUAGGCUUCGUCUCGAUCGUGCUCAACACUAUUACGAAUCUUUGAAAACACGCCGUACACUCGAAAAGUCCUGGGCCGAGAACAUGCGCCGUAAGCAAGAACGGGAACACGAAGAGUGCCUGCGAGCACGCACUUUUAUCUAUUUGCGUGAAAUGUGGUGGAAAUUUUACUGGUCUAACGACUUCUCUGGCUCUAAGAGAAGUUUUCAAUUCUGA